UGUCUAUGGACAGUGUUUUGUUAACCUUUAGAAGAUUUAGACGUGUAUCCACGAAAAAUGUUGCGGAAUUUAAAUAAACUCGUUCGAACACAAAAAGCUGCAUUCGCAACCGCCACAGCUCCAGCCCCUCACACAAAACCUGAAAUUUUAUACACAGGUCUCUUUAUCAACAAUGAAUGGGUGAAAGCAUCCGAUGGCAAAGUUUUUGCAACAGAAAACCCUGCGACCGGCGAUGUUAUCGCUGAAGUUCAACAGGCUGGCAAAAGUGACAUCGACAAGGCUGUUGAUGCAGCUAAGCAAGCAUUCAAAUUGGGGUCAACAUGGAGAAAGAUGGACGGGUCACAUCGAGGGUACCUCAUCAACAAACUGGCAGAUCUGAUAGAGAGAGAUAGAGCGUAUUUGGCGAGUCUAGAAACUCUAGACAAUGGCAAGCCAUAUCUGGCGUCUUACCACGGCGAUCUGGCGUCUGUAAUUAAGAAUUUACGCUAUUAUGCUGGCUGGGCUGAUAAGAACCACGGCAUGGUACUCCCAGCUGAUGGGAAGUACUUCGCCUACACGCGCCACGAACCCGUCGGUGUCUGCGGUCAAAUCAUACCGUGGAACUUCCCUCUGCUGAUGGCGGCGUGGAAGUUAGGGCCCGCGCUAGCCGCAGGUUGCACACUUGUUUUAAAACCCGCAGAACAAACGCCGCUCACUGCCUUGUAUCUUGCACAACUAGUCAAGGAAGCCGGCUUCCCCGCCGGUGUGGUGAACGUGGUCCCGGGCUACGGGGACGCAGGCGCGGCACUUGUCGACCACCCUGACAUUGACAAAAUUGCUUUUACUGGGUCGACGGAGGUGGGCAAACUGAUCCAGCGCGGCGCGGCAGGCUCAGUGAAGCGCAUCACUCUAGAGCUGGGCGGCAAGUCGCCCAACAUCGUCCUGGCAGAUGCUGAUUUGCGAACCGCAGUCGAGACCUCACACAUGGCGCUCUUCUACAACAUGGGACAAUGUUGCUGUGCGGGUUCCCGGACCUUUGUCCAAGACUCCAUUUACGACGAGUUCGUGUCGCUGUCUGCCGAGCGCGCCAAGCGCCGCGUGUUGGGCGAUCCCUUCAAGCCGGACACCGAGCAAGGACCGCAGAUCGAUGGCGAGCAGCAGGAUAAGAUCCUGCGACUCAUCAAGAGCGGGAAGGAGCAGGGCGCGCGCCUCGUGGCGGGCGGCGGGCGCGCGGGCGAGCGCGGCUACUACGUGCAGCCCACCGUGUUCGCGGACGUGGCCGACCACAUGGACGUCGCGCGCACCGAGAUCUUCGGCCCCGUUCAACAAAUCUUGAAAUUCUCACAAUUGGAUGAAGUUCUGGAACGUGCCAACAACACCGAAUACGGCCUAGCCGCUGCUGUGUUCACCAAAGAUCUCGACAAGGCUAAUUAUCUCAUUCAGGGCUUACGCGCAGGAACCGUGUGGGUGAAUGAUUACAAUGUAUUUGCGAACCAAGUUCCCUUCGGAGGUUUCAAGCAAUCCGGUCUUGGACGUGAAAAUGGACCCUACGGCAUCAAAAACUAUACUGAAGUUAAAGCUGUACUCGUUAAGUUGACUGAAAAGAAUUCCUAAAAUAAACACGUAAUACACGUACACUUAUAAGUAAGAAGUCUUCCAAAAGUUGACACUGUAAACGGUAGCAUUUGUAUAAAUAAUAAUUAGGAAUAUUUAUAAUUAAGUAUAUGAAGUUUGUUUUAAGCAUUUCUUAUAUUUAAUGAAAACUAAUAAGGCUGUUUGACGAUAGUGUAACUAACUACUGUCAUUUAAUGUUUCUUAUUAUAGUUCUAUAUAUUUCUAUGUAAGAAAAUAAAACAUUUUUUAUAGUAA